AUGUGGGUCGUCCUGCAGCUGCUCUGCGCGGGGGCUUGGCUCCUGGGACCCCCCGCCUGCGAAGCCGACACCCUGUCCAUGAGCUUCUACGAGAAGUUUCAUUUUAAGUCAUGGAUGUUGCAGCACCAGAAGAAAUACAGCUCAGAAGAGUAUCACCAAAGGCAGCAAACCUUCGUCAGCAACUGGAGGAAAAUAAAUGCCCACAAUGCUAGGAACCACACCUUCAAAAUGGCACUGAAUCAAUUUUCAGACAUGACCUUUGAGGAAAUAAAACGGACCUAUCUUUGGUCAGAGCCUCAGAACUGCUCAGCCACCAAAAGUAACUACCUCCGCGGUACUGGGCCCUAUCCAGCCUUUGUAGAUUGGCGGAAGAAGGGAAAUUUUGUCACACCAGUGAAAAAUCAGGGUGCCUGCGGCAGUUGCUGGACUUUCUCCACCACAGGUGCCCUGGAGUCUGCGAUCGCCAUAGCCGGCGGCAAGCUGCUCUCUUUGGCAGAACAGCAGCUGGUGGACUGCGCCAAGGACUUCAACAACCAUGGCUGCCAAGGGGGUCUUCCCAGCCAGGCCUUCGAAUACAUCCUAUACAACAAGGGCAUCAUGGGUGAAGACACCUACCCCUACGAGGGCCGGGAUGGUGUCUGCAAGUUCCAACCCCAGAAGGCCAUUGCUUUUGUCAAGGAUGUGGCCAACAUCACACUGAAUGAUGAGCAGUCGAUGGUGGAGGCCGUGGCCCUGUACAACCCUGUGAGUUUUGCCUUUGAGGUGACAGAGGACUUCAUGAUGUACAGAAAGGGCAUCUACUCCAGUACUUCCUGCCAUAAAACUCCAGAUAAAGUUAACCAUGCAGUACUGGCUGUUGGGUAUGGAGAAGAAAACGGGAGGCCUUACUGGAUCGUGAAAAACUCUUGGGGUUCCAGCUGGGGGAUGAACGGGUACUUCCUCAUCGAGCGAGGGAAGAACAUGUGCGGACUGGCCGCCUGUGCCUCCUACCCCAUCCCUCAGGUGUGA